AUAAGACAUACAGGUUACCACAUGUAGUCAGAAAACAUUGGUUCAGAGAACAAGUUGGAACUCACAACAAGGACCAAGGACUAGAAACAAGACGUUAGUACCUACUAUCUACUAUCUACAAACUACAAAACAGCCAACUACAAACCUAUUCAUCCAGAUCUAACUACAAAGACAAUAUGGAAUUUGAGUCAAACUGCAGUCUAAUGAAGAACACCUCUGCCAGUGUAGCAUGGAGCUCCAAACUGCCUCAGGGUCUGGAUGUGGAGAUAUCCCAUCACCCCAUCACCCUGCGCUGUGUGGCCAACCUCAUCAUCGCCAUGGAGAGGCUAAAUGGUGGCAAGGGGUUUGCCCUGGGAAGAGAUGAGAGCCUGUUAAAUUUCUUGCUAGAGAGCGCAGUGGAAGUGUUGGAGUUGGAGUCGGAGCGCACUGAAGCCAGCAGCAGAGCUGCGUUCAGCAGUAAAGGAGAGUACGAGUGUAGUGUCACUGACUCUGAGAAUAAGUGCUGGGUGCUCAACGAAGGGUCUAUGGAGCUGCAUGCUAUGAUGCUGCAGGGAGGCAGCAGCUACCAUAAAGUGCAUUUGAACCUGUCUACGUACAUCACGCCUGUCCCCAGUGAGACUAAAGCAAGACCUGUAGCCCUGGGCAUCAAGGGAUCCAACCUCUACCUAUCCUGCAUCACAUCAGAAGGCACGCCCACCCUGCACCUAGAGGAGGUGGCAGACAAGGAGCAGCUGAAGUCCAUCAACCAUGAGAGCGACAUGGUGCGCUUCCUCUUCUACAAACAGGACACCGGAGUUGACAUCAGUACCCUGGAGUCUGCCCAUUACAGGAACUGGUUCAUCAGCACGGCCCUACAGCAGGACAACACCAAGAUGGUGAACAUGUGCCAGAGUGCAACUCCCAACCGCUUCACCACAUUCACUGUCCAGCGCCACAACUAAGGUGGGUGCCGAAACGGACACCACAGAUCUCUCAUAGAGAUCCUAUAUAAUUCAAUGUUAUUUUUUAUUUUUGUUGAACCUUUAUUUAACUAGGCAAUAGAGAUUCUAUAUGUGAUUCUAUAGGACCUUUGUGGUCAGGGCUGGAUUGUCACUGUCUGUACGUCUAAAGAUUAGGUGUAUGUUUGUAAGACACAAUAACUUCUUCAGGUUGUAUGUAUGUGUGUGUGUGUGUGUGUGUGUGUGUGUGUGUGUGUGUGUGUGUGUGUGUGUGUGUGUGUGUGUGUGUGUGUGUGUGUGUGUGUGUGUGUGUGUGUGUGUGUGUGUGUGUGUGUGUGUGCUACUAGAGCAAUUCACCAUUGUGGUGUAUUGACUUGGUCAAAUUUUACCACAAGAUGGCGCCGUUGAGUCAGAUUGUGGCAAGCGCCCAUGAUAUUUAUUAUACCGUAUUUAUUGCUGAAAGCCAAAAUGAACGUAUUGCUUACUGUAAUUACAUUUCUACUAAUCAUAAUAUUGAUCUACUAUUUAUUCAUGUAUUUAUAUUUCAGUGAUUAUACUUAUUUAUUAUUGUAUUUAUUUGUCAAUAUGUUGAUGUUGCACUUAUUCAUUGAUGCAUGCAAACAUUUGAAUUGUCCUACAUAUGUGCUCUUUUGAAUAAAUAUUCAAAUGGAAAUUGA